AUGUGCUUUGUCUUGGGCCUCCAGAUGCUGAAGAAACAAUUGACAAAUUCUCACAAGAGUGAGCUUUACCAGCACAUUUGGAAGUUCAUCUCCAAGGCAGAAGCUCGCGACAAGGUCGGAAGGAUCGUGCAGUACUUUUGUCGCUUCUUGCAAGGUUUCCUUGGGCACAUGGCUUCUGAUUUCUGGCUGCAGCCUUGGAAGCCGGUGAUUGCAGAGGUGCAAACGACCUUGGCUUGGGCAAGGCGGACGCACAGAUGGGGCAAGGAAUUGCCUCACAUUCCCGGCUUCGGGCAGGCUAUCCAGGCAGGUGAUAUCUUGGAGGCAUCUCAAAGAGCUGUGCUCAUCACAUUCCUCAUUCAGGAUCACAUCUACUGGCUAUUGAAGGUUGGCAUCCUGAAAUUCCAGAACUACACCCCAAUCCAGUGGCAUCGCAGAAAUCUGAGGUUCAUCACGUUUUCCCACGUAUUGAACUUCGCGCUUUGUGUGAGGGAGAUCUCCCGCAUUCGCGAGAAGCAGAAGGAUCCCAAGACUGACAACGAGGCCAUCAAAAAGGCAGAUGCAGCUGUCUAUGACCAGAUGCGCAUGAUGUUGAGGUACGCGCUGACCUUCAUCCAGAUGCUGCAUGUGUCACAGGCCUGGACGACACCCGGGGAGAUGCAGGGCCAGUUGGUACUUAGUUGGUUCUUCACAGCUUGGCGCAAUUUCAGUCAAAAAACGAAAGAUCACGCCGUCUUGCAAUUGUUGCCACAAGCCAUCCUUGCCACUAUUUUUCUGAUCCUGUCGUCAUUUCUGAAGUCCGGGCUGCUUGGUGCUGUGGGGGGUGCUGUAUCCGGCGUCGGCGGUUUCGUGGGCACAGUCGUCACCAAUGUGAUCGGCGGAGUGCUUGAAGGUGCCAGGGACGUGGCCUGCGGCACAUCACAGGAGCUUUGCGAUGCAGAGCAGGAACCCAUCUACGAGCAACGGGCUCGAGUGGAUCAGGUCCUUCAUUUCUUCGACCUUGAGUACGAGAAGUACUCGGGAUUUUUUGAAGACAGAGAAAGGAUUGAGAGCCUGCGCGUCGAAUAUUGCAACUGUGUCAAUGCCAUUGAGUUUCAGAAUGAAAUGCUUGCGCAGCUGGUGGACGAGGUACUGCAGCUCCGGCAGCUGCUUCGCAGUGGCCGCGUCGGGGAUGGAGAUGCUGUGGUGAAUUCAAGAAAGGAGCUUGGCAUCCGUCUGGCAAAUCUGAAACUGGACAUCUCAGAUCGGAAGGCCAAGCGGUUUUUCAAGGAGAAAGACAGAAAAAAUCUGUUGGAAACGCUUUCUCCAGCAAUCGCGGGGGCAAAGAUGUCAAGGUUUCUUGCAGAACAAGCCGAACAAGGCUCUGCCCCAGCCGCCACAAAGAUGGAGGACAGGCUUAGCAUUGAUCCCGAGCCAAAAUCUGGCGGGGCAAGGAGGCGCUAUAAGCACUACAGUGAUGCUGAGAUA